AUGUUUGGGGCACAACUGCAUCGUGACACGGAUACUUCUGCACUACGUCCUUGCAAUAAAUGGGAACCUGACGUGUCCACUUAUACCGCUGCUUACAGCUAUCUAACAAUUAGUGAUGAGCACCUGUUUCUUGAUCCGUUGGAAGCUUGUGGACUAAAUUUUGAUGUGGCCGUGUCACUUCUUUACGAACUUUAUGGUGUGAUACAAACGCUGAUGUAUUUAUAUUUGUGUGAGGUUGAAGUGUUCACAGAUAUCGAGUACGCAGACGAUAUAGCUAUUCUUGAUGAGCCGAUUGAGUUAGCUGGCAAGUUUGUCUACCCGGGCGGCUGUACCAGUCCCGGUAGUCUCGCGAAAGAUGAUAUUUCCAUCCGGAGUGGGAAGACCAGAGCAGCUUUCGUGACCUUACAUCACCCGCGGCGUGCGAGUUACACCCGCCUAUCCGCCGAGGACCGAGUUUACAAUACUGCGGUGCGCUCCAUACUAUUGCACGGGUUAGAAACCUGGCCUCUGCAUGCCGGGGAUGUCAAAAAUCUUUCACUAAUCGACCUUCGAUCAUUGUCCGAAUCUGGUGGUAACAAGUCACUCCGGUGGAACGAGUCAGGGAGGCCAGACAAUAACUUGGGAGCGAGCUCUGAAAGUCCUUAUCAGCAAAAUCAGUUGUGCUUGUCAUUGCCGUCUCCUUGGAUGGGGACCUCGGGAUGGAACACAUCAAUGUUUAGAGAUAUUGUCAGACAUGGCCCAAUCGCGCCGUCAAUGGCGUUAUGCAUCCAUGCAGUGCAUAGCUCCCUUCCCAACCCACCAACAAACCGCCCACUGACAGUGCUGUAUUUACGCACUAAUUUAUCAGCUCUCGCCUCCAAUGCGCAGCUACCUUCCCCACCUCCCAAAAUCAUUGGUUUACGAAACCGUGGCAGCUAUAACCGCUGUACACUAAGUUGUCUGCACACCGACAAUAACAAAAAUGCGCGUCUCCAAUGGAUAGCUUUGUGGUAUGGCUUCUGCCGGAUUCAACUCCACUCAGUCUUCUUUGAAAUAAAAUUCCUUGCGGACCGGGUGCUAUUUACCGCUCAUGAGAAGAUUGAUUUGGAAAGCUUUUUAAGUAUAGGCCAACUCGUUGUACAGCGGCAUUUCCUUGCAGAAAGUGAACACCUGCUCAGUAGUAGAGUUGAAGCAGAACGGAGGUGUCAGACGGGUGCGCAAAAGAAGAGCGAAUGA